AUGAGUCAACAUCAAGCACAUUCAUCACCUCUAUUAGUAACAACAAGUUCAACAUUAAAUCGUUUAUCAUCUGAUAAAAUCAUAAAAUAUAAUUCAUCUAAUGCAUCUCUAAUUCAUGAUUUUCGUGAUGGAGAUCUACGAAAACAAUUUUUAGCUCAUGUUGAAUCUCUUCAAUUACUUUAUUAUAAAUGUUUUUCAAAUUCUUAUGCAGAUAUUGAUAUUACUUAUCAUGUUAUUAUUUUUCAUCUCAUAGCUCGAGUCACAGGAAUCUCUAGUAUAACAACUGCUAAUUCAUAUAUUGUUUUGACUAGUGUUUUGGGAUCAACAAAAGCUAUAGCUUAA